AAAGACCUCCAACCAAAUUUUUGAUUAAUUAUUAUUCUCAGCGCAGCUGCCUGUGCCUGCCAUGAAAUUCGGCAAGAGCCUAAGCAACCAGAUCGAAGAAACCUUACCUGAAUGGCGUGACAAAUUCCUCUCCUACAAAGAACUCAAAAAGAAGCUCAAGCUUAUGGAGCCACGUUCCGUCGACAACCGUCGUCCUAGCAAACGCUCGAGAUCCGAUUCCAAUUCCAAUUCCGUCGACUCAGAUCCAACCGCUGGUAUGACCAAGGAAGAGCUCGAUUUCAUUAGUCUCCUCGAAGAUGAGCUUGAGAAAUUCAAUUCCUUCUUCGUUGAGCAAGAGGAAGAGUAUAUCAUUCGAUUGAAGGAAUUGAAGGACCAAGUGGCAAAGGCGAAGAAUUCAAACGAAGAGAUGAUAAAUAUUAAGAAAGAGAUUGUAGAUUUUCAUGGAGAAAUGGUGUUGUUGAUGAAUUAUAGUGCUCUUAACUAUACAGGAUUAGCAAAGAUUCUCAAAAAGUAUGACAAACGAACCGGUGCUUUAAUCCGUUUACCAUUUAUCCAAAAGGUCCUUCAAGAACCAUUCUUCACGACCGACCUGCUUAAUACGUUUGUGAAAGAGUGCGAGGCUAUGCUUGACCAUCUCUUCCCGUCUAACAAAAUUCGGAAUCUGGAGGAAGGUGAGCCAACAACUUCUGGAACGGUCCAGACAGCAACGGACGAUUCUGAUCUUCUUAGAGUACCAAAAGAACUGUCUGAGAUCGAGUACAUGGAGAGCUUGUACAUGAAGAGCACAGUGUCAGCUUUAAAGGUAUUAAAGGAAAUCCGCAGCGGUAGCUCCACGGUUAGCGCCUUCUCGUUGCCACCAUUACAGGCGAGUGGAUUAGAAGAUGAUUCCUGGAAGAAGAAAGUUGGCGUCCUCGAACAAGUAGCGAAAUGAAUUAUGACUCUUAUUUUAUUUUUGAAUCUUUUUUUUUUCUUUCUUCUUUCAAUAGUUAUGUACAAGUAAUUGUAUACGCUUACUUACAGUUGUAAAAGAUGAAUCAAGACAUAGAACUGUGAUCAUCUUUCCACGUUUUAAAUUUCGUUGCGUGUACUUUUUCUUUUGUUUCAUAUCCUGAAUGAAAAAUCUUCUCUGUAACACCAUUUUCAGGCGGAAAGAGAUCACUGAAGUACCACUGCCA